CCACCCCACACAAACCCAAUCGAUCCCGCUCGCGCAGUGUUGUGUUUGCUGCGGCAAACCCUCACUGGCGUUUCUAGUUCGAGUGAUAAAGAGAUUGUGCGUUUGGGUUCGUUUCGGUUCGGUUUGGCCGGAGCGCCUCAUUUAACAGGGGGUCCGCCGAAAUUCUACCUCAUUUGCAUGUAGAUCACAUGAGGGUGAAGGCGCUUUCGACAGUGAAACACGGCACAGCAUUCACGGGGAGUGUGGUGCAACUACGCUCUAUACACGUUUGCUAAAUGCCGAAGGUUGUGCACACUCAGUUUGUGUUGGUGAAAGUGUUUCUGUUAGCUUAUAGUGUGCAGUUCUUUGCUGCUGAGUGUAUGUUCUCUGCUGGUGGUAGCGCGGGCCUGGCGUGAAUUUAGUGAACGACGUCUCUAACCCUCUCUACCUCAAACAACCCACGAUGGAGCCGUCCGAUCAUGAGGAAGCAAGCGUUCUCUACAGUCCCGGCCGGGAGCCCAAAAUUGUACCGCACAUAAACGCCAACGCGCGCAAGGAAACCAGAUGGACGUUUUGGCUGAUUACUGCCGGUUUAUCAACUACCUUCGGUGCAGCAGUACCAACCGGUUACAAUAUAGGCGUCAUAAAUGCACCGGCAAAUUUUAUUAAAAGUUGGUGCAAUGAUACGAUUUACGAAACGUACGAGAGCGUCUUUUCGGAGGGCAAUCUGGAGACGUUCUGGUCGGCGGUUGUGUCCAUCUUUUUGGUUGGCGGUGUAAUUGGAUCGCUCGGCGGUGCAUGGGUUGCCGACAGACUCGGCAGGAAACGAUCCUUCCUGUUGUGUGGAUUUCUGCUUUUCGUCGGCGGCGUAUGCUUCCAGUUCUGCCAGACGCUCAGCUCGGUGGAGCUGCUUAUGGCGGGUCGUUUCUUGGUCGGAUUGGCCGCCGGUUUGACCACCAGCACGGUUCCAAUGUAUCUGACCGAGCUGGCCCCGCUAGGGCUGCGCGGUGCGCUCGGCGUGUUCUGCUCGAUGGGCGUCACCGGUGGGGUGGUGGUCGGGCAGAUCAUCAGCUUGGAGGAAAUAUUCGGCACCGAGGAGCACUGGCAGUUUGCGCUCAGCUUCUACGUCAUCCUGGUGGUGAUCUUCUUCGUACCGUAUCCGUGGCUGCCGGAAAGUCCCAAGUACCUGUUCGUGAUUCGCCGGCGGCAGGACGAGGCGGUGAACGAGCUGAAACGCGUUGCCGGGAAAAAGGUUCGCGAUGAGUAUGUGCGCGAGCAGAUCGAUGCGAUGCGUCGGGAGUGUACGCCGGAGAACGACGAGGAAUCGUGCGGCGAUGGGCAGAGUACAGUGCAAAAGCCCAAAGAACGUACCAUUUGGUCGGUGCUGACGGAUCGGACGUUGCUGCUUCCACUGGUGCUGGUCUGUGCCUUACAAGGUGGCCAACAGCUGUCCGGAAUCAAUGCGGUUUUCUUCUAUUCCGUUCGGAUAUUUGAAUCGGUCGGGCUGAGCUCAACGGACGCCAAGUUUGCAAACCUUGGUGCCGGCUGUCUUAAUCUGUUUGUUGCGUUCUUUAGCCCAAUUUUAAUGGCAAAAUUCAACCGUCGCUUUUUGGCCCUCUUAUCCUGUGCGAUGUGUGCGUUGUUUUUGUUCUGCCUUACGUUCAUCGUAUUCUUUAUUGACGACGUGGAAUGGUUUUCUUAUGCAAGUAUCGUCGCUAUCCUGUUGUACAUUCUCUUCUACCAAAUAGGACUUGGACCGAUACCUUAUUUCAUCGGCUCUGAACUGUUCGAGGUUGGUCCGCGGCCCGCAGCCAUGGCCAUGGGCAGCUUGGCCUCGUGGGGCUGCAACUUCAUCGUGGCCAUGCUGUUCACCACGCUACAAAGUGCUUGGGGAGCGUUCGUCUUCCUUCCUUUUGCGUUCACCUGCGUUGCGCUGACGGUACUGCUGAGGAUUUAUCUGCCCGAAACGCGCGGCAAGCACAUCUCGCAGAUUGUACCGCUGGUCGCUAAAGGAUUCAGCUCCAAGCCGCUAGAAUCCGGCUGGACGUUACGAUUGGUCGGACUCGGUGCAAUCACUAGCUUGGGCGCAUCGAUACCAGUCGGCUACAACAUAGGCGUGAUAAAUGCACCCACCGAGUUCAUAAAGCACUGGAGCAAUGAGACAAUCUAUCGAAGGUACAACGUGCUGCUGUCGGAUGAUUCACUGCGCGCGAUCAUUGCGUCGAUCAUUUCGAUUGCGCUGAUCGGUGGCGUCAUUGGAUCACUUCAAGGAGCCUAUCUGGCGGAUAAGUAUGGAAGUACUGCACAUAACGAUUGGAAAAUGUUUAAUAAUUACAAUGCGCAAGUGAUAAACGGGUUCCGUUGUGGAUCGCGGCACUACUUGAGUGUGCGAGAUUUGAAGUGCUGGUAUGGCAAAAUUUUAGUCUACGCAUGUCCCAUUCCGGCCAUUGUGUCUCGUCAGCUAACACCGCUCGGGAUGGAACUUAAGCUUCCUGACACUGGAUGGACAUGGGGCCUUUGUUGGUUUGGUGUAAUAGUGAACCUUUCCGUCUCCGUAGCCGCCGGCUAUCAAGUGAGCUCGAUCAAUGCACCAGCUAAACUCAUCCAAGACUGGCUCUGCACCGUCUUUGUUGACCGUUACGGAGUGCAGCUUACAGCCAAUGCACUCCAAAUCGUGUGGUCCGUAAUAGUGUCUACAGUGUUACUCGGUGGAAUUAUUACCUCCCAUUUCAGUGGCUACAUAGCCACAACCUAUGGCAGAAAAAAAUCAUUCCUUUGCUGCGCACUGCUACUCACCGGCGGUGCACUAUGCUUCCUUUGCUGCCGUGCCGCAUCAUCGGUGGAACUGCUGCUGCUCGGACGGCUUCUGGUCGGGCUGGCAUCUGGCCUCACGACCGGUGUGAUCCCCAUGUACCUGGCGGAGGUUUCGCCAAUCAAACUGCGCGGUGCCAUGGGCGUGCUGUGUCCGUUGGGGCUUACCACCGGGGUAGUAGUGGCGCAGGUCGCAAGCCUCGAGCAGGCGCUCGGGACGGAAGAGCACUGGCACUAUGCUUUGGGUUGCUUUGCGGUGCUGAAUCUGUUCUGCUACGCCUUUUACUUUUGGAUCCCUGAAAGUCCCAAGUACCUGUACAGUGUGAAGGGCGAUCAGGCCGGGUCGUUGCGCGCCAUCCGGAAGCUUUUCGGGCGGCACACGAUCGGGGACGAUUACAUUAAGCUGCAGAUGGAAUGCGCCAACGGCCAACACGGUCCCUCGGCUCAGGAAGAUGGCCAACCGCAAGCGAAUCGAUCGCUCUGGUCGGUGGUACGGGAUCCAACGCUCACCCUGCCGCUAGUGCUCGUGUGCGCUCUUCAGGGCGGCCAGCAGCUGUCGGGAAUAAAUGCGGUAUUUUUCUACUCAGUGUCCAUUUUUGAAUCGGUUGGAUUUAGCUCGCAGGCAGCCAAGCUUGCUAAUCUAGGUGUUGGCUGCUUGAAUCUUUUCGCAUCGCUGUUUGGACCGCUGUUGAUGGCUCGAUGCAACAGACGAACCUUAUGCCUGCUGUCGUGCUCUUCCUGUGCGAUCAUUCUCUUCGUUCUUACCCUUUCUAUACAUUUCAUCCACCUGAUCGACUGGUUUUCGUACGUUUGUAUUGGAACCAUCUUACUGUACAUAAUAUUCUAUCAAUUCGGUCUCGGACCUAUUCCUUUCUUCAUUGGCUCGGAGCUUUUCGAUCUUGGGCCUCGACCAACGGCCAUGGCGUUGGGAAGCCUUUCCUCCUGGGGGUGCAAUUUCAUCGUUGGGAUGGCUUUUCCAACGCUUCAAAAUAUAUGGGGCGCAUUUGUGUUUCUUCCCUUCUCCAUCACGUGCGUGUUGUUAACGGUUUUGAUUAAAUUUUACCUUCCCGAGACGAGAGGCAAGGAGGUGACCGACGUGGUCCCGAAGGUAGCGCACGGUUUUCGUUCCAGAGUUAAGGAAUAAUUGUUAUGAGUUACAAAAAACUAAAACAAGCGUAUCAAAACACGCUGAAAUGAAAAUAAUUAUUUUAAAAUGCACUCAAACGAUAAAAUUAUUUAAAAAUUAACAACAAUUGGAACAGAUUAUUGGUUUAAAAAACAUGAUUAUAUUUGUUUGGUUUAACAUUUUCAACACUGUUAGCUACCGACUAUUUGCUAUACGCUAAAAUACACAAAGUAACAAAGUCUUUUCUUGGCCGUCCGACCGGGCAAACUA